UUGUCUUCAGGCUUUGAGCAGUAACCUAAGCUGCGCUACAUAGCUAGUAGCUGUUAGAUUUGACUGAAAUCAAGUGAAUACCUCUCAUAACAACCAAAAUAUAUAACAAUGAGUAAACGGAAAGCGCCACAAGAAACUUUAAACGAGGGGAUCACAGACUUUCUUAUUGAGUUGGCCAAUUACGAAAGAAAUGUCAACAGGGCCAUUCAUAAAUACAAUGCAUACAGGAAAGCUGCAUCUGUAAUCGCUAAAUACCCAAAUAAAAUCAAAAGUGGCACUGAAGCAAAGAAACUGGAUGGAGUUGGUGCAAAGAUUGCUGAGAAAAUAGAUGAAUUUUUAACCACAGGAAAACUUCGCAAACUGGAAAAGAUCCGCAAUGAUGACACAAGUUCCUCUAUUAACUUUUUAACUAGAGUGACUGGAAUUGGCCCAGCUGCUGCUAGGAAGUUUUAUGAUGAAGGGGUCAAGACCCUGGAAGAUCUGAAGAAGGUAGAGCACAAGCUGAAUCACCAUCAGCAGAUUGGCCUAAAGUACUUUGAAGAGUUUGAAAAAAGAAUUCCCCGCUCAGAGAUGCAGAAAAUGGAGGCACUCAUAUUGCAAGAAUUAGAGGAGCUGGACCCAGAGUACAUCGGCACAAUCUGUGGUAGCUACAGACGAGGAGCAGAGUCAAGUGGUGAUAUUGAUAUACUGUUGACCCAUCCAGAUUUUACUUCACUCUCUGAGAAACAACCCAGGUUGCUCCAUUCAGUGGUGGAGCACCUCGAGUCUGUUGGCUUUGUCACGGACACCCUGUCCAAAGGAGAUACUAAGUUCAUGGGUGUAUGUCAGCUACAAAAAGGAGAGGAGGAUGAGAAAGAUUUUGAUCACCGUCGUAUUGAUAUCAGACUAAUUCCUAAGGAUCAGUAUUACUGUGGUGUGCUGUACUUUACUGGAAGUGACAUAUUUAAUAAGAAUAUGAGGACCCAUGCCUUGGAGAAAGGCUUUACGCUCAAUGAGUACACUAUUCGUCCACUAGGAGUCACUGGCAUGGCUGGGGAGCCAUUACUGGUGGACAGUGAGAAGGAUAUCUUUGACUACAUCCACAUGAAAUACAGAGAGCCAAAGGACCGCAGUGAAUGAGGAAAGAUUGAGAUGGAUAGUGAUAGUGAACUCGCAGGUGCUUCACUCUCAUUGUUUCCCAGGACAUAAUACAAGAAGAUGUCACCUCAAACAGUGUGUUUGUGUGUGGGCAAAUGUGUGUGGGCUUAAUCUUCAUCUUCAUUAUCAUUUUCAAUUUAACCAGGGAAAAUGGAUGUACUUUAAAGUGCCGUGUUUUGAGGGGAUUGAACAGUGUCCAUUUGUACAAUUUAAAAGAAUUAUUGAUUAAAUUAUGAGGAGAGUGAGAGGAAAACUGUUGCACGGAAUACAGUCAGAUUAAAAUUUGAGAUGUUUGGUAAUACAAAUAGUAAGCCUAAUAUUUAGCUCUCUCUAAAUGCCUUUACUUUAUUGUAGUCAUUCAGUAUUUUGUGUAUUGUUGUGCUCUGGGAGGUAUUUCAUUGGGAGUAAUUAUGUUUUUACUAAGGUGCUUUAUCAGGGGAAAAGUAUUUAGUUUCAUGAGACUGACAAAUGGAAGCCAAAUGCUUUUAGACUUGUAGUAAAAAAGAUACAACUUUGAUGUGUUCACAUAGUGUUUUAAAAUUAUUUAGCUAUCUUGUAUUUAGAUUUUAGCACUAGAUUAAUUUGCAUUUAUGUCCUAUAUGUGGUGUUCAUGAGAGUGGCAGUGCACUGUUGUCUUGUGCAACAUGGAUUUGCUGUCAGUAAGAAAUGAUUAAACAUGACCAUAAUGGACCACUUGGAGCUUUCACUGAAGCUUAUUGAAAAUUGUAUCAUUAAAUUAUUUUAGUUAGUGUUCUGGGGAACAUGAUAAAACAGAACUAAAAAAGGCAGGAAAAUUCAGGGUACAGUUAACUUGCUUUAUGAAGCUUAAAAGUGGAUAUGAUGUACUUGAUCUGUUUCAGGGGUUUGACCACAUCAAGUGAAAGUAACAGAACAGGGAAUGUAAAGAGCAUCGGUCCUCGGGUUACUAUUGUGUACCCAUGUUAGUCUGUUUUUCACUCUGUUGUAAUGCUGUUCAGUAAAGUGGAGUCCUGGAUAGGACAAAAUACUGCAGGAUUUUGCUUUUAGUUGAUUAAUGGCUUCCUACCCUUAUUGAGUUGAUUUGGUUGUAUAACAGUCGAAAUGAUCAACUUCAAUUAAACUAAUUUAUAUCCUAAGCGAUGAUUGCCAGAAUCAUGAAGAUUUCUUGGAAGACAAAUGAAAAAAAAAUGAGUAUAAAGAAGUGAGUCCAAAUGGUCUCAAUAGCAUAUCUACGUAUUUAAAUGCUUUCAGUAGCACGUCUAUGUAAUUAAAUGGCUAGCAGGACUGUAACCUACUUUAGAAAAAGUUUGAGUAAAAGUCUAAAAACAUGUUUACUUUCAAAUGUAGUCAGUGCCAAGAGUAAAUGUACAUAUAGUAUUGUGAAUAUGUAUAUAUGUAUACAUUUGUGUGUUAUGAAUAGAACACAGAUUUUUUUUUCAUGAUAGAUACAAGGCAUUGUAUUAUACAAAAAAAAACACUCUUAUAUUUGUGUUAUAUAUGAACGUGUAGUUUAAAUAUGGAUAUAUGCACUGUAUAGUUAUAAAUGUAAGCAAGUAAAAGAACUUAAAAAGCAGUGGAGGUUUUAACAUGCUGUGUAGUGACAGGCAAGUGGCAGAAAUAAUGGAGUGAAUGAACUCAUUCUGUCUUAACAAGAACGUUAUACAAAACUAAAAUGUGUUAAUUAGGAGAAGCAUGAUCCUGUAACUGAAUACAGACUUCAUAAAUACGUGCUGAGUCCAUGCAGUUCAUUGUUUGCAAUCAGUUGGCAGGAUAUUCCGAACUGAAGCACGUUCACUUUAAAGUUAAAAGGCAUCAUCAUCUGUUGAGUUGAUGGGAUUUUGAACACUGAUGACAAACAUGAAUUACUAAGUGAAUGGCAGCAUUAGCAAAGAGUCACAUGGUAAAAUCCUGGCAUAGUCCUUUAGACCUAAAUGGUCUAAACUAUUGUUUAAGCAGUGGUCUGUAAUAUUUCUGAUUUCUGCGCUAUAUUUUUUGUUUGUUUGUUUGUUUUUGUUUUAGUUAAGAUGAUGGGUGUAUCUUUGGAACUUUCCUUUAAUGUCCCUUGCAGGUUUGUGCCCAGGAUUUCAAUGAAAAGGAACAAAGGCCAGUGCAUGAUUCUGUGUAAUGAAUGUUAUGUGACUACAUUAAGCAUAAUGUGAAGCUAAAGUUCUUUUUUUAUUACCAUUUGAUUUAAUUAAACUCAUUUACAGUUGGCCCUGAAAAGCUUAGUUUCACAAACACCAGCAGCGACAACUGCUCUUGUGGUUGGACAGACCAGUGAUGGAAGCAUAAUCUCUAACUGAACGCCUAGAAGGCGUUUCAAAUAAAUACAUGAUAAUAUCG